UCACAGCUGUUAGUCCAGCACGUCUUCCUCCUGCAGGCUAAACAUCACAUCACUCCUGCAACAAAACACUCCUCUGAAACAAAGCGAGCAAGAGAACAGAGACGAUGGGAUUUUAAACUGAAGCCUCGACAUGAAGACACACUUUUAAUAGUUUGUAUUAUUUCUUUUAUUACUGUGCUCAGUGGGACAAGUUUACAAUAUUGCACUGGAUGCUGAGAUGCGCAGAAAGUGACAGGGGUCCUAUCUCUUCUAAAGUCCUCAACGAGUUAGAAAACGCCAUGAAAGACGACUUUGCAGACGAGGAGGAAGUACAGUCUUUUGGAUACAAGAGGUUCGGGAUCCAGGAGGGCACCCAGUGCACUAAGUGUAAGAAUGAAUGGGCGCUGAAGACCUCCAUAGCUCUGCUCUAUGUGCUGUGUACUCUCCUCACCAUCGCUGUUGCUGUGCUUGGAUAUAAAGUGGUGCAAAGAGUUGACAGUGUUUCUGAGGGUAUUGCAAACUAUGGAGGAAAGAUAGUAGCUGUUGAGACUCAUUUGAAAAAGCUCGAUGAUCAAGCAGGAGAGAAGUCGGAGAAUACCACCACGGAGAUCCAGGCUUUCAAGAACAACAUCUGGACUCUCCAGAGGCAGCUGUCUGCGGUGGAGGAACGCAUCCAGAGCGAUCAAGUUAAGCUGAGUCAGCUGCAGAGCGUUGGCUCAGACAUCCAGAGCAACCAGGGCUCCAUUCAGGGAUUGCUGGUUAGCAACACAGCCACCUUGCACUAUGUUAACGGCACCCUGCAGUCGUACGGCGGCGUCAUCGGCGGUCUGCAGGAUGACACGGUCCGGCUGCAGAGGGAGCUCCAGCAGCAGGUGAAACUUCAGGACCAAGCGCUGCUCAGCAUCAGCAGCCUCAACUUCACCCAGGCACAGCAGAGAGGCCUCAUCGCCGUUCUGCAGCGCUCGGUGGACGACACCAGCCAGGCCAUCCAGAAAAUGCGCAAUGACUUUCAGAGCCUGGAGCAGGCGGCCCGGCAGGCGCGCUCUGAUACCGAUUGGCUUCGUGGUAAGGUGGAAAACCUGCAGGUCAUGGCCAGUAACGCCUCGGCUCUCGCAAAAGCCAACAACGACAGCCUAGAGGAGGUGGGAUCGCAGCUCACUUUUAUGACCAACGAGCUUCAGAACACCAGCAGCCUGGCUGACGCUCACGACCAGACGCUGAGGGAGAUUAUGGACCAGCAGAGGGACUUCGGCAACCUCACAUCCACCAAGUUUGACCGGCUGGAGGUGCGGCUGGAUGAGUCGGAGCAGAGCAUGGACCGCGUGACCGGCAACAUCAGCUUCACCACGCAGCUCCUGGGCGCCAUCAACCUCAACCUGAACGACCUGCGGACUUGUUCCGAGACCGUCGGCCGCCACUCGGAUUUCCUGGUGAACCUCAACAGCAGCGUGACGGACAUGAGCACAGAUGCUGCCAGUCUGAGGUCCCAGCAGGAAGUGCUUGCGGCGCGUGUGGACAAGGAGGUCACCACCCUCUCUAUUGUCAUGGAGGAGAUGAAGCUGGUGGACACCAAGCACUCCCAACUCAUAACCAACUUCACUAUUUUACAGGGUCCCCCUGGUCCCAGAGGGCCAAGAGGGGACAAAGGACCUCAGGGAACGACUGGUCAGACUGGCCAGAAGGGCGAGAAAGGCGAAAAGGGUGGUCCAGGGAUACGAGGAACCCGAGGAGAGCAGGGUUACCCAGGACAACCAGGUCUGCCAGGGCUAAAAGGCCUGCCAGGCGUACCCGGCAGCCCCGGAUCUAAGGGCUCCCGAGGGUCAGGGGGAAGGGCCGGACCUUCUGGAUCUAAAGGAGAGCCGGGUACUGCCGGUCUGCCUGGAAGAGAUGGACAGCCCGGUCCUCAGGGGGCACAGGGCCCACCGGGUAUCAGAGGCGCAAUGGGGCCGGUUGGUGAGCAGGGGCCAAGGGGACUGCCGGGACAAGUGGGGCCUCCGGGGCCUCCAGGGACAUCAGGUCUACCAGGGAUGCCAAUCCAGGCUCAGUUAAGUCCUUUGGGACCGGUGUCUCUGCAGGAUGAGGCAGUACCUCCGACACUGUGGGCACCAGGAUGCCCUUUUGAGUGGGCAAACUACAGAGACAAGUGCUACUUUUUCUCCAAAGACUUGCACAGUUUUGAUGAAGCAAAAGCAACCUGUGAAUCAUCGUCUGCAUCUUUGUUGAUCAUCAGUGAUAUGGAGGAACAGAAAUGGCUGAAGAAGCACACCGUUGGAAAGGGCUACUUCUGGAUGGGUCUGACCGACCGGGAGGAGGAGAACGUUUGGCGCUGGCUGGACGGGACUGAACCUGCUUUCACGAAGUGGAAGCCAGGUCAGCCUGACGACUGGGGCCACGGGCAUGAAAUAGGAGAAGACUGUGCAGGGCUCAUCCAUGAGGGACUGUGGAAUGAUUUCUUCUGUGAAGAUCUCAUAAGCUACAUCUGUGAGAAGGAAAUGGAGACCUCAAUGUUGCCCGUAUCGUAGCGAUGUGUUGAAAGGGAGCUUGCAGUGAGCAGCUAGACUUCCCCCAUGUGGCUCUGGUCCACCGACACGGCACAUGGAGAGUCCGUACGGAGAGAGAGCAAAGGGACAAUUUUGAAACGAGCCCAGGGCUGCAGCGGCGAAUGCUGAAGAGACGCCUUUCUCCUCCAAAGUGAACCCAGUCCAACAUUACCAGCAAGUGCAAUACAGCAGGGCAAUCACAGGAGGGAGGACUUUUAUUUUUAAGGUACCAAAUCACCAAUGAUUUAUAUAUAUAUAUAUAUAUAUAAAUAUUUUUAUGGUUAUUUGAAAUACAUUUUAUAAAACUGUAUUCCACGUGCAACUGAAUAUCUGAAUGUAUAUUUCAUAAUGCAAGUUUUAUAGGAUAAAUUCUAUGAAGCCAAGUGGACUCACCGUAGUGCUUUUCAUCACAUAUAACUGUCUUAAAAAUGAAAAGGUGCAAAAUGAUGCGCAAAAAACAUGAAAUGUCGCUGAUGUGCUAUCUUUGAGGAACCUGUUAUCUAACCUCAUGAAUGUCUAUAUAGCAUUUUCACUUAUACGAGUAGAAUCAAAUGAAAUAUUUACACAGAAAUAUGUCACAGUCAGUUUACAGUUUAAUACUCUAUGUAUGAUACAGUUUUUUUUUGUGAUUAUGAGAUUUAUUUUUCACUAUUACAGGCGUACAUAUGUUUAUGAAUCUGUGGAUCCUACCUACAAAUAUAAAAAUGUGCCAUUUUCUGCACUCAGGUACUGUUUCCUGUUAAGAAAAACACUUGAGUUUAAACAACACUACGAAAGAUGAAGGAAACACUCACAAAUAAAUAUGUAAAAAACA